GACACGACCAUCAUGUCAGCGACUCCAUCUCAAAAGGUGACGCGCAAGGACUUCGGCUCGGAGGUGCGCGCCUCGCUGGACGUGUCGCUGUUCAUCAAGGAGGCGCAGCUGCUGCUUGACGUCGGCGAGAUGUCCGUGGAGGGCGUCGUCGACCAGAUGCUGCGCGCCAUGCUCGAGGGCGAGCCGAUGACGUCGCUGGCCGAGGCCAAGUCGGUCGUGUUCGUGCACGAUUCAGUGACGCAGCUGGCCAAGACCAUUCAGGGAACGUGCGCCGGCCCGGAUGGAGACAUCCUCGACUACGACCAGACCUGGGUGGUCGCAAUGUGUACGCUGCCGACUCUUCAGAAGCGGCACAUGGCGGUGGCUCGGCUCAAGCACCCGGCUAACUUCGGCCGAACUGCCAAACAAGUCAGGCUGUUCGUGCUCGUACUCGUCCCGAGCAAAGAGAAGGGUACAAAGAACGCUCUGGAGACGGCACGCACGUUCGCCACCAUCAUCGCCGACAUGGACGUGCGCCAGCGUCUGCUGGAGGCGCACACGGAGCAGGAGUUUAUGCAGCUGGUGGUGAAACAGACACAGAUGAUGACCACCGAGGGAGUGGUGCUCAGCGUGCCGUCCGACGACAACGAGCCAGAGGAGAGUGAAAAGUUUUGCUCCUUUGGACGUGGUCUAAGGGAUGAUCUGCAGAGGAGGUCAAGAUGUUACAUACAGGAUUUCGUGGAUGGCUUUGUUGGCAAUAAGACUCUGCAAAAGACGAUAUCCACCACUUUCUUCUUAUACUUCGCCUGCAUUCUUCCUGCCAUAGCCUUUGGCAUUCUAAACGAUCAUAACACUAACGGGAAAAUAGACGUGAAGAAGGUUAUCAUCGGCCAGACGCUGGGCGGCCUGUUCUUCUACGUGUUCGGCGGCCAGCCCCUGAUGGUGCUGCUCACCACGGCGCCACUCGCCAUCUACAUCAAAAUCAUACACACCAUAUGUGAGGACUUCAAGCUGGACUUUUUCUCCAUGUACUGCGCCGUCGGCCUGUGGAACUCCUUCUUCAUCAUGAUGUACAGCGUGUUCGGCGUCUCGCGGCUGAUGCGAUGGUCGACGCGAUCCACCGAGGAGAUUUUCGCCAUCUUCAUCUCCAUCGCCUUCGCAGUCGAUGCGUCGCGGGACGCAAUAUCCAACUUCAAGAGGAACUACUGGUCCAAGAACUGCACGGUGGACCUGCAGGCUCUGAACGUCAGCGAGGCUGUGAACGGGACCCUGGUGGCGCCCCUCGACUGUCACCGCGAGAAUAGCCUGCUGUUCCUCCUGCUGAUGCUCGGUACUCUAUGGGUGGGCGUCUCGCUCUACAACUUCAACAAGACGCCGUACCUGGAGGCCAGCAAGCGGGAGCUGCUGGCAGACUACUCGCUCCCCAUCGCCGUGCUCGUAAUGAGCUUCGUCGGCUCGUUUCUGUUUGCCGACGUUAACAUGGCGCCGUUCCGGUAUAACGACGAGAACGGCCUGGGCCUGGUGCGGGUGCAGUCCAUGGGUGUGGGAGCCGUGUUCGGAGCAGCGCUGUUAGGAUUCUGUCUCUCGCUGCUGUUUUUCAUGGACCAGAACAUCACCAGCGCCAUGGUCAACAACCCUGGCAACAAGCUGAAGAAGGGCUCGGCCUACCACCUGGACCUGAUGGUAGUGGCGCUCCUGAACGGGCUCCUCUCACUGCUCGGCCUCCCCUGGAUGCACGCGGCGAUCCCGCACUCUCCGCUGCACGUGCGCAGUAUGGCCGACGUCGAAGAGCGGGUCGAGCAGGGACACGUCUACGAAAUUAUCGUGAAGGUGCGGGAGACGCGCGUGACGGGCAUCCUGUCUCACGCGCUGAUCGGCCUGUCUGUGUUCCUGCUGCCCUACCCGCUGUCGUACAUCCCGCCGCCGGUGCUCAACGGGCUCUUCCUCUACAUGGCCAUCACGGCGCUCAACGGCAACCAGAUGUUCGAGCGCAUCACACUCUUCUUCAUGGAACAGGUGGCGUACCCUCCGAACCACUACAUCCGGCGGGUGCCGCAGCGCAAGAUCCACAUCUUCACUGGGUGUCAAGUGCUGCAGCUGGGCAUCCUGUGCGUGUUCGGCUUCUCGCCGUGGUCCUACAUGAAGACCAUCUUCCCGGUGCUGCUGCUCCUGCUGCUGCCCAUCAGGCAUCGACUGAUCCCGAUGUUGAUCGAGGAGAAAUACCUGACGGCGAUGGACAUGGAGCUCUAGUGCUUCCACUGGCGAUCCUGGUCCGCCGACGCCCGACGGUCCGUCAGUCGUCCGUCAUACGGGGCCAGCUCUCCGUACGGUCCGUCAGUCGUCCGUCAGACGGGGCCAGCUCUCCCUACGGUCCGUCACACGGUCCGUCAGCUCUUCGCGUCGAACGUCGCCGCGGUACGGUGGUCUCUGCCCGCGGUGGAACAGGCCGCUUGGGAGUCCGUGCCGCCAUCGGGCCGUUCCGUGCCGUCAGCGCCGCGCUCCGUGAGCUCGGACGGCAUCACAGGAGUGAGACACGGCCCGUGCCCUAGCUCAAUGACUCAAUGAGGGGCGUGUCGGCCCUCCGCCGCCCUCCGCACGGCCCUCCGUGCCCUCCGCUGUCCGGCGGCCGCUCGGUGCGGUCCAGUGAUGACUCCGCGCGGGGCCGAAGGGAGCGCUGUCGCCACAGACAGCCGUAUAACUAUUUUAGCAAGUGCAUUUUGAAGAGUAGUGUCGGCGCGGCUGCAGACCGGACGGGGGCAGAGUGGAUCGAGAAGUGCGCCAUAGAGGACGCCGGCGUCGCAGAUGUGCGAUGCGAGCGCCGCUGGCGCUACACGCGUGCUCCGAGAGAGGAUCCACUCUGUGGGUCGGUUAUCCUAAGGGACAAGCAAGAUCAUGACACAGAGGUGGCGCAAAAUCUCAGAAUGGUAAAGCAAGAAGAGGCAGGUUUAUAGAGCAGAUUUUCGCUGUACCGCGUUAUAGCAAAGAUAUUGAAUGCGGCUGAAAGGCAAAGAGCAAUCUUAGGUGCGUAAUUGGUUUAUUGUAUUGCUACCUAUGUAACCCCUCACCCAUACGACACGGUUCCAGCUUGGACACACACAUAGUUAUUUCAUUGAUACCUAAAUCGCAUUCCUUAACGAUGUGAUGAAGUGCUUUCAGCGUUAGAGCAAUCCUAAUAAUUAUAUUGUGAAACAGGCUAAGCGGAUACCACAUACGCAUAGAUACCACACAUAGAGGUGUCAGGAAUAGCAGUUUAAUGAACAAAAUAUAUAACUGAUUGCUUUUUAAAUUGCCAGAGAAAAUGCAAAUUAUCUUUCAAAACUGCUACCUUUCUUUUAGCUAAAAAAGUAAAAGGUCUAUCAUUCAAAUCAAAGAUAAAGAGCCCGUGCAUUUGCUACUGCUAACUAAACUUCAUUUUGUAACGUAAAAUAAGAUAGUUGGAAAGAAGGCAACGCAAGCUUCCACACAUGACGAGGGUUCCAGUCCUCAUCCAUGUGUUAGAGUAGCGAAUGCGUGCCGUCGCAAAUAGUUUAGGAUGCCAGUUGUAAAUGGCCGAUAGGUGCCGUUUUUGCAACUGUUUAAGUAGCCAAAUGUCAACGACACAUUAGUGAGUGUUAGCUAGCUCAAGACGGCUCGUGCAUGGAUCUAGUCAUAGAGACAACGUCGCCCUCUUCCAUCCACUCGUAGAUCUCUCCAUCGGUGAUCGUAUACGUCCCGAACGGAGUUGCUUAUGUAGAAUCAAACCGGCGCGGGGUGCUCCCCGGCUCGUGAUGGCCAAAUGUAGCUGCAGACGUGAGAACGUUUCUGUAUCGGGCCGUGAGAACGUUUCAGUCUCGGGCUUCUGUUUUAGAGUAAUGACGGGCAUGUCACGGCCACAGUAGCUGCAGAGGGACGGCUUGGCAGCGCGCUCAGUGCACCUUCGUGCUGACGCUCUAGGGCGCUUUCAUUAGGACAAUCGGGUGGCUGUGCGUGGUAUAGACGUUCGCGUGAACGCGCGGCCGCGUGUGUGUUUGCGAACGUGCGCGUGUGGUUGUUGGAGUUAUGCUUUGCCGGUCUUGCUCGCUUCGCUCUCACUUUUGCCCGGUAGCCAGACGAGUCUAGUUAGUUCGUCCUCCCGACCAGCUCGUCCUCUGGUGUUCUCGCUGUCCCUUCCCACCAGACAUCCUUUCAUAGUUUCACCUUCAACUGAUGACCAGUGACCACGCCGCAUAUUCCAUGACAGACGCCAUCAGGGUACGACCGGUCGAGCGUUGGACGUGUGAGACGCCGCCAGCGUCCGUGAGCGCCCAUAGAGGGAGGACAGUGCCAUUGCGUAUCGCCUCAGUCGCCAAACGGUAGCAGAUGUGUCAUGUUACAUAUGAGUGUCGAUUUAGUGCGAUGCGCGCAUAUUUGAACGACGUUGCUCUGCCCUCGAUGAGGUGCGUGUGUGCCAGUCCUCGACACCGAUUGCGUUCAUCUUUGUUCUGACGCGCUCUUGAAGCGACUUGCAGCCCAUAUACCGUAUCAAAACGUUCGCCUUAUUUACAUGCGGGCGAAUGCGGUGGUGAUUCAGUGCAUGUGGAUUGAUUCAAUUCAUGAACGCAAUAAUACAGUUACAUCACACAAA